GCCACUAAAGAACUUGCUGUCCCUCGUAUCUCAUAUUAGGAUGGUCUAUGCAAUCUCAAAUCUGUGUCGAAAAAACAACGUGCAAUGUGUACUACCGGCGCAACCCAAUGACAGGUGCAAAAGUACCAUUACUGUUUGAACGAAAUAUUAAGACGAAACUGAAGUAAAGUUGCAAAAAUGAAGAUGGAAACUGGUGAAUCAAAUAUCGAUCAAAUGUCAGAAUCAAUCAAAAACGUUUCUUCCGAGGAAAAGUUGGAAGAAAAACCAAAUUUGAUGGAUACCUCGGAAGACGUCCCAGAAAUAAAACAACAAUGUCCUUUCAAAUUUACAUCGAUGGAUAUCGAUUCCACUCCUCACAGUCAAUCUACUUCUACUCAAAGAGACAUGGAAAGUACCACAAUUCUAGAAGAUGCUUCACACAAUGAAUUAAGACAUUUUGAUGUUUUGGAUGAUUUGGAAAGUCAUGCCAACAUCAAUGAGUCCGAUUCUGAUGAAUGUUCAAAUGAUAGUUUGGACUCAGAUGUUCCUGAUGAUGAAAUUGAAGCAAUGCUUGAAGAAAAUUUACCUGAUGAAUUUAAGGGUAAGCGUGCAGAAGGUAGUAAAGAUGAAAUGGAUUAUAAACAGACUGAAAAAUUAAUUCUAAAUGAAAUUGGACAUAAUCAUUUUGAUAUUUUGCCAGAAGGAUGGGUGCAGGUAACCCAUAAUAGUGGUAUGCCAUUAUAUUUACAUAGACAAAGUAGAGUAUGCACCUUAUCAAAGCCAUAUUUUCUUGGACCAGGCAGUGUUAGAAAACACAAUGUGCCUGUAAGUGCUGUUCCAUGUUUACAAUAUAAAAGGGCAUUGAAGGAACAAGAAGAAGAAAAGCAAAAAGAAAUAGAACGAUCAGAAGCCCAAGGUUGCACUCUACCAAAUGCUAAAAUUGAAACAAUUCAAGAAAAUAGAGAAACUCAAUCGCUUGAUGGUAAUAGCCUUAGAGAAUAUUGUAUGUCACUUUUUAAAUUCAAAUCAAUAAAAGUGAUGAGAUUCAAAUCUUGGUCCCAAAGAAGAAAGUAUACCAAAAAUAGAAAACACAGAAAACAAUUAGAAAGGCCAACACUACCAGAUGGUACUAAAUUAAUAACAUUUCCAGUGGCAAAAAAUGUUAAUUAUUCAGGUAAUGCAAAUCAAGAAGAUGAUUCUACUGGCAGGCCUCCUAAGCAUUGGAUUAUGAAUCCAUCAGGGAAAAGCUAUGUUUGUAUUUUACAUGAAUAUGUACAACAUGCUUUAAAGAAACAACCAACUUAUAAAUUUAAGGAACUUGAAAAUGCUGCAACACCUUACUCUGCAGUUGUAUCAAUUAAUGAAAUGGAAUAUGGUAGCGGUUUUGGUAGUAGUAAAAAACAAGCUAAGGCAAAUGCUGCAAAAAAGACUCUUGAGAUUUUGAUUCCACAAAUGAGAGAUAAAAUUUCUGGUGCUGCAGAAGAAGAAAAUAGUUCAUCUAAUCCUGCUCAAACUGAUAAAGCCUCGAAGGUUAAUUCAGACACAGAUUUGUCUUUUUUUGAUGAGAUUUCCAUCAAUGACCCAAGAGUAGCAGAUUUCUGUAUUAAAACUACAGAGCCUUCUCCACAUGCUAUUUUAGUUACUUGUUUGCAAAGAAACUUUGGGCAUGGAAAUAUGCACAUUGACUAUUCUGUUAAUACUUUAAAACAUCAACGUAAUGAAUUUAAAAUGAAAGUAGGAAAACAUGAGGCAACUGUUAUUUGCAGAAAUAAAAAAGAUGGUAAACAAAGAGCUGCUCAAGCAAUUUUACAACUUUUACAUCCACACAUUCAUUCAUGGGGCUCACUACUUAGAUUAUAUGGAUCUAGAAGUGUUAAAUCUUUUAAGGAAAAAAAGCAAUUAGAGCAAGAAAUUACUUUGCUUCAAGGUAAAGCAUCAGUUAAUCAACCAAAUUAUGCUAUAUUAGAUAAAUUGAGACUUGAAAUGAAAAAACUAUCAGACCAAAGGGAAGCAGUUAAACCUAUUGGUACAUUUAUUCCUCCAGAUCUACCAACUGGUUCCGCAGCCAAUUUGAAUAACGUUGAUUUGUAAAAUUCUGUAAUUUUUAUGAAAUAUUUUGUGAGAGGCUCUCUUAGUAUUCAUCAUUUGCAGAUUGAAAUUCCAUACCUUUACAAAUUUGCAUAUUUUUAUUUUGUUAGUAUAAAUUUGAUUAGAAAAAAUGAGUCUUGUACAUCAAAGUAGAAAACAAGUUUAUCAUUAAGAAUAUUUUCA